UAGGGGCAGGCGCCGUCGCUGGGUCCCGGGCAGUCUCGGGCCGGCGACGCGCGGUUAUUUAUUUUUAAACACGCUGGGGUUUUAAGUAACGUUUUAUAAGUAUUUAUCUGUGAGGUGCCCGCGGCCCCGAGCAGGACCCGGCGCCUGCCCCCGAUCGCACGAUGAUUGAAAUGCUUGUAACAACUGAAGCUCAGGAAUUGCUAGAUCAGCUCAAUGCUCUGUUGGAACAAGAGUUAAGGUAUCAGCCAAAGGCUUCUGGCCUGAGACUAAUUGAAACUGCUCAUGACAAUGGCCUCCGAAUGACUGCAAGGUUGCGAGACUUCGAAGUAAAAGAUCUCCUCAGCUUAACUCAAUUCUUUGGCUUCAAUGCAGAAACAUUUUCUUUAGCUGUGAAUUUCUUAGACCGGUUUCUGUCAAAAAUGAAGGUGCAGCCUAAACACUUAGGCUGUGUUGGACUAAGCUGCUUCUACCUGGCUGUAAAAGCAACAGAAGAGGAAAGAAACAUUCCCUUAGCCACUGACUUAAUUCGAAUAAGCCAGUAUAGGUUCACUGUAUCUGACAUGAUGAGAAUGGAGAAAAUUGUGUUAGAGAAGCUAUACUGGAGAGUCAAAGCUACAACUGCCUUUCAGUUUCUACAACUCUAUCACUUGCUCAUCCAUGAGAAUUUACCUUGUGAAAGGAGAAAGUAUCUUAAUUUUGAGAGACUUGAAGCCCAGCUUAAGGCAUGUCACUGCAGAAUCAUGUUUUCUAAAGCCAAGCCUUCUGUUUUGGCAUUAUCUAUAUUGGCACUAGAGAUCGAAGAAAAGAAACUGCUAGAGUUGAAAGAGGCGAUAGAAGGCCUUCAAAUACAUUCCAAGACAAAUAGCAGAGACCUAACUUUCUGGAAGGAGCUGGUAUUAAAGUGCCUUGCAGAAUACUCAUCAAACAAGUGUUCAAAACCAAAUGUUCAGAAGCUGAAGUGGAUUGUGUCAGGACGUACAGCAUGGCAGCUGAAGCAUAGCUACUACAGAAUCUCACACCUCCCCACAAUCCCAGAGACUGGCUCAUAACAGGAAUCUUAAAAUGGAAAGAUGACUAUCCUGAAGGCUGGCUUACAGAAUUCAGCUGUGGAAUUGAAAACUGAAGCCUAAAACAUGACCGCUGUUCCAGCAUCUGAAGUUCAACUCUUGGAAAACUAAAACAUCCAGGUUUCUUUAGUAGACCUUUCCAGCAAAUGCAGUUGUAUUGGUGCUGACUACAGGAGUAAUAAGUAGUAAAAAGUUCCUAAAGGAUGACUGACUAAAACUUGUCUGAAUAUUGAAAUAUGCAUAUGUAACAGUGAAGCAUCAUAAUGCUGUUUUAUAGUAGUGAAUAGCCUUACACAACUUGGUAGUUAACUGAUAGAACAGCUAGUGUAGUUUAACCUUGGUUACUGCAACUGUGGCUGUUUAGUUGGAUUACUUAACUUCAUGCAAUUUGAUUCUCCACCUCCUAAAACUUUUGUACUUGAAACAUAGGGGGCAUAAUGUGCUUCAGGACUGCUGAGGCUACCAAAUAGUCUCAGACAAAUCUCUGAUACUGCACUGGACAGAUAAGAGACAAGUCAAAUGUUUUGUAUUGUGUCAUGUUUUCUUUUUGAGUAGCCAUGUCCUCCUGCACAAGGCAUUGGUCCUUUGAUGCAGUGCAGUCCACUUACUUUACUUCCAGUGCAGAGUUGACCACUCUAGCUAAGAGGAUAAAAUACAAAUCAGAUGCUAUGCUGGGAAAGCCUGCAGUUGUUACUCUGCAUCAUUACUGAACUUAGCCAUCCUUCUACCAUAUUUUUGUGAAAAGUGUAAUUUUAUGAACUUCGGUGGAGAUUGAAAGCCUGGCUUUAACAAGCAAACUGCACCCUAUAUCAGUUUGCAAUGUCAGUAAAACUGCUACUUUGCUAUUUCUGUCUAGUCAGUUGCAGAGCCUGACAAUAGUUUUUUUUUCCCUAAGGUCACUUAUAGACAAGGGGACAAAUUCUGAUUAUUAUGCAGGUGCAGUUUGCAUGCCCUCAAUAGAAAUUGUACCAGUACCACCAUAAUGUAAGAUGACCAUCAGCUUUUGUUGCCCAAAUAGGAAACUGCAUCUAUACCUCUAAUAGCUUGAGUUCUGAAUCAACUCUGCUACUUAGAACACAUACAGCUUCAUUCCUGGUUUGUCACUAAAACAUCUAAACCCUCUGUGUCAAUGCUAGCUUUUCAGCAGUAGAGGAAGGUCAAACAUAUGAGAGCGUACGUUCUAAAGAUGUUCAUAAAUGGGAUGCCUAAGAGCAAGUAAAGCUGCAGGGUUGUAGGCCAUGAAAUGAAUGGCUGAAGCUGGGAUGUAGGCAGUGACUUCUGAAUGUUCCACAUCACAUUGCAUGAGAACAUCUUACUGGUCAAUCAUUAAUAACUCCUGCAUGCACUCUUAACUUAUUUGGGCAAUGAGAGAAAAGAACUGUGAAUAGUUAAAUAAAAUGUGGGGCUGGUACACAAACAUUGAUUUUUUUUUUUUAAAGUCGAGCAUUGAUUUUGGGGAAACACUCCUCACCUUCCUUCUAAUGUAGUAAAAGCAUAGUUAAACUCCCUACAGAGCACUUUAAACUAAAGGGGGGGAAAUUCUACUGUGAACUUAUAGACAAAUGUUGAUGCUAGCCUUGAAUGUGCAGAUAGGUAUGCUGUAUGUAGUUACUACUAACUGCUGACUGGUGAAAGGGGCAAGGGAAGCAAAGGAUAGUACAUGCUAUGCAAGUUGAAUGCAACUGCUGAAGAUGCACUGUUCCCUUCUUAGCAGAAGUAACAUUGUCUCAAUUUCAUUAAAGAAUGUACCUUUCAAUAAAACUUAUUGAAAUGCAGGUAUCAGUAAUUGUCCUUUUGACACUUUUCCCACUACCUAUUACAAAACUGUUUCUUUACUAGUCUGUGAACAGUAAUAAACUUCCCAAAUAAAUGCUCUCGUGAAAGUAUACUUAAA